AUGCAACUACUUGCAUGGUACACACACACAGCUCUGAUCUGGUCUUUGAAAGCCAUGAUGCUCUUCUUGUUCAACCGCCUGACCUUUGGCCUCUAUCAGCAGCGACUGGUCAAGAUCUUCGCAGGCAUUGCCGUCGCUAGCUACGUCGCAGUCUGGCUCACCAUAACAUGCGGCUGCCACCCAAUCCAUCUCAACUGGCAGGUGCUGCCUUAUCCACCGGAGAAGAGCUGUCAGAUGAAGCUGCAAAACUUCUACGUCACUACAGUCCUGAACGUCUUGACUGAUGCGCUCAUACUGGUAGUCCCAAUUCCUCUGCUUUGGGGCAUGCGAGUCUCGUUAAGCAGGAAGAUCGCUCUGACUGUGCUGCUGUGCUCGGGCAUAUUCGUCAUCAUCGCAGCUAUCUUGCGAAUCACAUUUACCCUAGCGCCAGGUAAAGCCGUCAGUGCGUUGAACAUCAAUCUUUGGGGUACCCGUGAAACCGCUGUGGGCAUCAUUGCGGUUAACGUGCCUAUCCUGCGAGCAUUACUUCGGCCAUCAUUUUGGCACCAUGGCUUCCUCUCAUCGGGUCGCGCGUCAACUCCUCAACAACAGCGAAAGCAACCACCCGGAGAGAAAAGCACAAUCGGCGCCGCUGGACAACGCAGACAGCGCGCUGAUCACCUCGAGGACUUCGCACGACAACUCCAAAGCUGGACGAGCGAAAAGGACUUCAUCACCUCAUCAACGCCCCGAAAAGCUUUCGAGAUGGAAUAUCCAUCAGACACCAUGAGCGAGGCCGACCUGAACACAGCUCAUAGCCAACCAGCACGACGUAACGCCAUAUGUCCGCAGAACCUAGACUGGGACCUGGAGCGAGGCUUCCCAGAUCCCGAUGAUGUGAUCGUGAAUGCGGAUAAUGUGUACAGGAUUGGACCAAGACCUCUACUACCUGAGCCGGAACCUUUGCCAGCGGAACCGCAGUCUGCGAUACUGUCUGGGAUAGGGACUUCUUCGUUGUAUAGAGAGAGGACGUGGGAUAUGCUGCCGCCCAUCGCUGAGGUUAUCAGCAAGGAGAGCCGAAUGGAGCGCCAAAAGCGAUGA